AUGAUAUCAAACGUUUCUUCCCUGUCUGCUAAUCAGCUUGCCUUACUGGCAACAACUUUCAGUGCAUUUUUAGUCGAUGCCUGCACCGAAUUUGUAGUAGGGUCUGAGGACGACACCGUUGUCGUGGGACGAACUAUGGACAUAUUUGGCAACUUAGGUUCCAGACUGGUGACACACCCAAAAGAUGCGUCGAUGGGCUCGAUUUUGUCCGAUGGGUCCAUGGGUAUGGAAUGGGCUGUGCGCAACCCUUUCGUUGGUAUUGAUGCUUUUGGUUUGCCAAUUACCACCGAUGGCCUUAAUACAUUAGGCCUGGCCUGCUCGGUUCUCAUGCUUGGUGAAUCAGUGUAUCAAAGAAUACCUGCGGAAGCCGACGCUAGAGCCCAAAGCAUCAAUCAAUUAAACUUUUGUGACUGGGCCCUUUCCAACUUUGACAAUGUUUCUCAGGUGAAUCAGUCUCUUCACAAUGGCGAAGUCAUUGUCACACUGAUUUCUGUUGCCGAUUUUAAGAAUUCUCUCCCUUCAGUUUCGAGAAUAUUAGCUGUUUCGGAUGUAGUCGAUAUACCUUCCGACAUUCCCCUCACCUCACACUACAGCUUACAUGACAAGGAUGGCUCAUCCUUGGUCAUUGAGUAUACCGCCGCGGGAUUCAAAACAUACGAUAACACAAUUGGCGUUAUGACGAAUGAUCCCACGUACGACUACCAGGAAAAGACUCUCAAGGAAUACCUCUCUUUACGCAAUCCCAACCCAGUACCAGUUUUCGACAGUCUUAAGCCUCGCGACCAUCCCGUGGUCACAACAUCUCAAGGCUUGGAUGUGAAUAUGGCGGGCUUGCCUGGCGAUCUCAGCCCGAAUAGUCGUUUCCUGCGAACCGCAGUAAACCUGAACACUCUAAUAUAUCCAACAACGGCAGAAUUGGCGGUAGACGCGGCUAAGCACAUUAUCAAUGCCAUUGAGAUGUUUGCUGGUUCAGUUUAUCAGGACCCUAUUAAAUUUGGCGAUACCCCUGACGAACUAUGGGUCACAGAAUGGGCUACCAUCAGAGAUAUUACAAAUGGAGUUUAUUCAUUCCGUACCUACACCAACUCCGAGUGGAAGCACAUUGAUCUGGACGACCUCGAUUUCACUAAAGGAGCACCUUCUGUUUCUGUCGCGGUCGACAUUCCCGAUCAACGUUUCGAUGCCGUUUCCAUGAUGUCGACUUAGAGACGUAAUUCUAGUUGACGAUUUUAUCACGUUAUUUCUCAUAUAAGUUUGUAUAUUACAAUUGGGGCUUAUUCACUCCGUACGUACACCAACUCCGAGUGGGAGCACAUUUAUCUGAACCAACUCGAUUUCACGGAAGGAGCACCUUCUGUUUCUGUCGCGGUGGACAUUCCCGAUCAACGUUUCG